UGCUGCAAAUACACCUUACUUUGUGAGACGACUUCCACUGGUGUAGAGUCUUAUUUAACUCACCAGGAGGUGAGCCCACUUGGUUUGGUAUCAAGACCUCUGGACGGGAAUGGGGAUAGGGUCCCCGGGGGGCCCCAGAGCCCUGAGCCGCCUGCUGCUCCUGUUCCUGCUACUGGAGGAACCCCUGGGGUCCUGCACUGGAACCCACACUCUCCGCUACGACCUCAUGGCCCUGUCCCUGGACAGGCCUGGGAAGCCCCAGUUCCUGGCCCUGGGGUACUUUGAUGAUGAGGUUUUCUUGCGCUAUGACGGCAAGAGCCACAAGGCAGAGCCCCUUGGUCUAGGGAUCCAAACGGACUUGGGACCUGAGACCUGGGAGAGAGAGACCAAGGACCUGAAGGAGAAGGAGCGGCAGCUCAGACAGAUGCUGACAGAGGUCAUGGGCCAGCAGGGCCAGGGUGCGGGCCUUCACUCCCUCCAGGCCACAUUGGGCUGUGAGCUCCAGGGAGACAGCACCAGAGGCUUCUGGCGCUUGGGCUACAAAGGGCAGGACUUCCUCACCUUCGACUCACAGACCCUCACUUGGACGUUGGCCGCGCCUUCAGCCCAGCACAUCAAGAAGCUCUGGGAGACCCAAGGCCCCAGGGCUGAUCUGGUUAAGGAUUUCCUGUGUGUGACUUGUCCUGCCCAACUCUGGAGAUACCUGGCCUCCUGGAGGGGCCUCCUGGAGCAUACAGGUACUGACCUGGGCGGGAGGGUCCACCCACUGAGUCUACGCCUGGUUCCUACAAGGAAGAGAACUUUCCUCUUGUUCUCUGAGUGGCUGUCCUGCACUGGCCUUAGGCUAGUUGCUGAGUUGUGACUGAAUUGUCGGAGAAGCACACCCAUGUGGGUGGGU